AUGACUACACCAGAAGAAAACUCAUUUCAAAACGACAGGCGUCAUUCAAAUACAUCACGAAAUAGAUUUGGGUGGGUCAGGCGGUUAAUGCAAGGCCAGAAUAGAACCACUGUCCACACGCACGAUCAAAAUGACACACAUUCGCAGUUUUCCCAACAGCACCACCAACAAUCUCGAAGACACAGCCGACCCCCAGGAGGUAAUUCGGGAAAUGUACGUGGUUUCGCAAGAAAAAACUCGUCCACAAACAGGGCCAGGCGCAAUUCGGAGCCUCUGAUUAGAAAUGAACCCGAGAGCAGUUUAACGCAUAGUGGUGAUGAAGGGGAUAAUUUCAACACCACGCUUCGCUUUGAUGAAAGUGAUCACAUUCAUCGCAGCUCGUUUCAAGACAGUUACGAUUACCAAAACCGUGAUGUAAGUUAUCACGAUAGUGAUCAGAAUACAAACAACAGUGAAGACAAUAUCAGUACCAUUCCUUUGAAGUCAAUAAUUUCAAGACAGUCAACUAAAAACCCAUCCAUUUUGAGCGCAGAUGUCAAUAAUGACCAUCUGUCUUUGAUUGCCUCAACGGCGGAGACUUCAAUCGCACCUAGUGUUCUUACGUCGGCUAACAAUUACACGGUCACCCCUCAUCAUCAGCAAACUAAUCUCGACACCACUGAAGAAGACGGUACUGACACUGGACCAAGCACGACUGCUACUUCAGUAACUAUAAAUACAGCUACUUCUGCAGGUGCCAGUCAGACCCCAAUCCAAGAAGGUGACAACGAGUCCAUAGUCACACUUGCUAGCUCCUCAAGAAGAAGGCGGAGGAGAAGUAUCGAUACCAAUUGCAGUACUAAUGCAAUCCCACCGGCAUCAAUUAUGGAGCGAUUGAGUGUGCAACCCACAGCAGCGAAUAGCAUGUAUGCAACUAGUAUUAGAACUGGAAAUUAUGACAGAAGUAGUCAGUUGUCACAUUAUGAUGACCAAGGGAGCUCUGUGAGAAGUUUCAACUGA